AUGAAUGAAGUUCCUACCAAAACAAUGAAAACAUGUUCUAAAGAGAGUACAGACUGUCCUGUACAGUGCAAUCCAACAGCAAAGGCACGUGAUCUUUUAGAAAAUUCAUUUAGUUUAGAUCAAAAUCUAAAUGCAAAGUCAGCAGCAGAUAAGAGCAAACAAAUAAAUGAACCUGCACAAAUUCUGCCCAAACUUCCUUCAGAAAUAAAUAUUCUUAAAGUUCGAAGAAAGGGCAAAGAUGAUAGUUAUAAGGAUUAUCGUGUAAGGAGGUUUAUUGUUCAAAAUGCUCUCAUCUGGCUCAAGAACAAUAACCCUGUAUACUCAGAUAUCAUCAUAAGCAAUGAUAGGCUAAAUCAACUCCCUUUUGACAGCCCACUUGAACUCCAAACUCUUGAACUUGACACAUUUGAGAGCAAAAAUGAUGACCAAGGCCCAGCUCCACAGCAGUUCAAACCUGGCCCAACUGAUGGUUUGUCCGAUUCAGGUGUUUUAAUGCCAGAACCAAGUAUUGACAUAAAUCAAGAGGUUCAUAAUGUGGUUGAAGACAUCGUUAAUGAAAACAAAUCCAAAAAAAAAAACCCAACAAUGUCAAUUCCCUGGCCUACAAGGGAUAACAUUCCCAUCUCUGAGUUCACAACUAAGUACUUUUUCACUCUAGCUUUUCCUUGUCUCUUUCCCUAUGGUACUGGAGAUUUCCAUGUAAACAGACCCCGAACAUGUUCCUCCAUGACAGAAUGGGCUGAUCAUUUACUUUUGUACAAAGACAGUCGCUUUGCAAGACAUCCAUACUUCAAAUUCAUUGUCCACAAUAUCAUUAUGAGAAAGAGAACCCUAGAGCAAAGUACCUAUAUCAUUAAGCAACAACUUGGGGAUGAACACAUGACAGUUUCUGAAUUAAAAGAACAACUACAAAAUGGCAACAACAGCAUUCCUGAGAAAAUUUUAUAUUUUGGUGCAAACUUGCGUGGGACAUCACAAUACUGGGCACAAAGGGCUAAAGAAUUGAGAGCACUCAUUCACUAUCAAAUAAAUGAGGGGCAUGGAUUACCAUCUUUUUUCACAACUGGAAGCUGUGCUGAAUUCCAUUUCAAAGCUCUACACAGGCUUCUACAGAUGUACACUUAUGUAACUACUGGAGAACAAGUAGAUCUUUCAAAUCGGAACACUCUUUUCUCAAUCUUACAAGCCAAUCCUCAUGUUGUUGCUCAUUAUUUUGAAAUAAGAACUCAAAAUUACUUUCGAGAAGUCAUGAGCCCUGUAUUUAAAGUAAAUACAUACUGGUACAGACAAGAAUUUGCAAAGUCACGUGGAAUGGUCCAUUGGCAUGGUUUGUGUUGCCGUUCUGAUAGGGAACCACACAAUUUACUGUCUUCACUUAUUGAAAGAGGUCUUUCAGACGAUGAUUGUUCAGAAUAUCUCUCAAAUUGGGCCAGAUCCAAUCUUGGAAUGACAGCUUCCCAUCCCGCUGGUAAAGAUGAACAAGGAAACUCAAAGAAAGACCUCUGGCCCCCACCUGAAGGAACAGCUCCUCCUCCACCAGAAGAGAAAAAUCCACUUUUAAAGUUACUUAUGGAUGUUAGCGAAUCUCAGGAAUCUUUACUUGAAGACCACCUCCUUCUAACAAACAGAAUUAAUAUUCACCGAUGUUCCGAUUACCGAUUACAAAUUCCCAAGCAUGGGGGGAAAUUAUCAAAGCGAGUGUGUAGAAUGGAGUUUGGAAAGAAGACCACCCUGAGUUGGAGAGCUAAUGGUGAUGUCUCAAUCAUUCUUUCUAAAAGCAAUCCAGAGAAUCCCUCUGUUGAUGAAAUCAUUGCUACAGAACGAUACGUCUCUGGUUAUGCCUGUAAAGGAAACCAGCCCACAGGAGCCCUUGUUGACCUUUUUCAUAAUCUUGCUAACAACCAAAAUGAAAAUUCUGGUGCCAAUGCCAAAAGUAUUUGUACAAAACUGCUUAUGAAUACUGUCAAAAGAGACAUCUCUAGUGUUGAGGCCUCUUUUGAACUAUCUUGUCUUCCACUUUUCCGCUGCAGUCAUCAAUUUCAGUCUGUUAGUCUCUCAGGCUCUAGGGUUCUGGGAAAAACUGGUUCUACUGUCACACGACAUACACCUCUUGAUAAAAACCUUCAAAGAUAUGAAAAUGAUACAAGUUCCUGGUACCAGUUCAUUUACAAGUCUGGAAAAGUCCCAGUUAUUUCUGGCAGUCAAAUUAGAGCCACUUGGCCCCUAAAUGAAGAUUAUUGUCGCACUAUGAUGCUGCUCCAUAUGCCAAACUGGAGAAAAAUUGAUGACUUAAAGGAUAACAACAGCACAUGGUUACAACUUUUCACCAACUUCCUACCUUCUGCAUUUUGUCCAAAUUUUGUAAGGGCAGAUGUUGAGAGGGCAAGACGACAUGUCGAGCCAGAGGCUUCAAACUCAGUUCCAGUAGAAGAUACUGAAAAUUCACAUUCAAGCUCCCAACAACCUGAAUGGAUGGACCUCCUUGCACCAAAUCCUGAUUUUGAUUAUGAAAAUUUUGACUUUAAAUAUAACGAUGGAGGACCAGAUUAUGACUGGACUAGGGACACCAUUCCUUACCCUGAUGAUAAAAUCUAA